AUGUCAACCGGGCGCAAGAUUGGCAAGAGAGCGUGCGACGCGUGCAAGAUCCGCAAGAUCAAGUGCACCGAGGUCCCGCCAUGUGACGGCUGCGUCGCCAUCGGCACCGCCUGCACUUUCAACAAGGUCCCCGCCACCCGGGGGCCCCGGAAUUUGAGAGCAAAGACAAUAAGACAGAUUGCUCAGGCUCAACAAGAGGGUUCCGGGACCGGGUCCGCCGUCGCCGGCACCGCUGCAAGCGCCACUGCUGCGUCCUCUUCCUCUGGAGGCGAUGGACUCGUCACCCCGGCCGCCGGUGCCGCGCCGACUGGCAACACGCCACCAUCGCGGUCCCCAUCAUCAGAUGAAGGUUCCUCAGACGGAGGUUCUUCUGCUGGCCAGCGACUCACUCGACAAGAGCUUCCACUUCAGCCGCAGAGAACUCCGAUUCCCUCACUGGUCUUAAGAUUAUGUGUCUACCGCCUACGUCUCUUCCCCGUCUGGCCCAUCAUCGCCGUCGAGGAGAUCAUGGCCUCGCUUCACCGUGAUGCUGACGAUCUUGAAUCUUACGUCCUGGCCAAUGCCGUCGGAGCGGCAACCAUUUCACAGCUUAAGCUGUCCACGACCGACAGCAAUGACCCGGCCACGGCCGGCUCCAUGGAGGCGGAGUGUCAGCGGUCGAGGAUGGCGCUGCAGGAGCGCGAAGGGGGCCCGCCAAUGAACCUCAAUUGGCUGAGAACGUCGUUCUUCCUUCAUGUCUACCAUGAAAAUCAACAACCUGGCGGGGCCAAGUCCCUGCUUUACCUACGGGAAGCCAUUACCAUUGCCCAGAUCAUGGGCUUGCACAAGGAGUCGUCGUAUAUGGCGCUUCCUUUGGCAGAGCAGCAAAUGAGACGGAGAAUCUUGUGGUUGCUAUUCGUCACCGAGAGGGGCGUAGCAAUGCUUCAUAAGCUCCCGGUGGCGCUCAAGUCCAACAUUCGGUUUCCGUCACUGGAUGGGUCUGGCGUAGGCGAGGACGAAGGCCACAUACUGCCCGCGUUCAAGAAGCUUGCCAACCUGUUCUGGAUCUUUGACCAGAGCGGUGCCUUUGACAUUCUCCAAAACUCGGAUGACGAGGACGCCGUCUGGUCCAUGGCAGAUGGUCUGCAGACAGCCAGUAGAGCAUGUCUUGACGUUGUCCAGAGAAAACUCCAGGAGAUACCUCUGGAUUCCGAUGCUAGCAACGACAUCCAACGUGCCGACAUCGUCGUCACCCGUCAGUGGAUGCAGGCCGUUCUUUGGAAAGUCACCAUGAACCACGGUCGUGCUUGGUCAUCGAACCAAAACGUCACCUCCCUCUCACACCCUAUUCAGAUCGCAAAGGAGUUCCUCCAGCUCAUAUCGCAGCUUCCCAGCACCGCAAUCGAGGCCCACGGGCCUGGAAUAGAAUUCAAAAUCUACGAGAUCGCCAGUGCAGUCACGGACGCUGUAGCGAACAACUUCUGGCUACCGCGGCCCUCAACAGACGGGCCAAGGGAUAUCCUCCUCCAGCUGCAGAGAGUUCUAGCGUCGUGCCGAGGUGGCAACAAGGCGCUGCUGGAGAUGCUUUGUACCCGAAUCGCCGAGGUCCAGGACGGGCCGGUGAUGAUAAUGCGCAGAAACCCAACGCCCAGGGUACAAGAAGUAGAUGACGACCAAUGGCGCGAGGACAACCGCGGCGUCGGACCCAACGGCUCGUCAUCCAUGUUCACGGCAAUCAACGGAAUGCCCGACUCUGGCUCAGGAUAUGGCCAAGCUCAGACGAGUUUCACAGCCAUGUUCGACAAAGACGCGCCGGUCCAAGCUAUGGGCAACGAGGAUCACAGGUCAAUGUCACCUCAGCGACAAGACCGAACAAACACCUGGGACCAGUCGGCCCAGCUGGGCCCAGGAGCACACGAUCUAAUUGACCAGUUGCAAAACUUUGACGGUUCAUUCAACACCGUCGAGUCUAAUGGCACAAUAGACAUGCUCUUGGCCAACGGGGCGUUAUGGGAUAGCGUCGCGGGAGACGACUGGAUGGCGUCGGUGCAGAACAACCCAGGCGUCUUUAAUACACCCUCUCAACCCUCGGGCAACUUGCAAAGAACCUACGAGUAG